AUGGAAAAUCUGGUCUUCUCUGUGUGAGACGUGUUUUAGCGAGAUCCAACAGAAGGGAAUUUAGCGUCAGUUAAUUACGCGUGAAGCUUUGAGAUGAUGCAGUGGCGAGGUUUUCCGUUUCAGCUCGUCACCGCGAGGUCCCUCUUCCUCCAGGGAAUUAGAGUCAUGCUACUCAAACAUGUCCAUGGAGAAAUGGAAGGAUUUUAUGAAUGGGAGGAAAUGUGUUCUCUUAGUGAAAUGAAAGAAAAAGAGAAAAGGCUGAAAAUGAACAGGCGGGAAUAAAAGGAAAGUGUUUUACUGCACCAUGCUGUUAGUGUUUUUGUUAAUAACAUGCUGUUAUUGAUUUUUAUAAAGUUUUAAAUGUUUGAAGUUGUUACAGAAGUUGUUCUGUAGUUAAUGAGUCAAGAUUAAACACAAAGUUUGAUAUUUUGGUUUAAUUCUUUAAUUUGGUUUGUUUCUGGAUUGUUAAAGCUGCUUUCGAGCUCAGAACUUGAUCAGAAAGCUGACUAUUGUUUUUUUUUUUAGAAAACUGGGGGCUCUGGAACCAAAUUACAGCACGUUCCACAUCACGAGAGAAAGCUAUCCACACACACGGGUAACAUGAUUAGCUCGACUCGUCAGGAUCCUGCCGGCUUCAGGGAAGGGAUUGGACAGGAUUGCACUGAGAACAUCCUGAAAAAUGCUUGUUUAGUCCCAGUAACAAUCUUCUUAUUCAUGAAUCGGCCUUCUUUUUCUCAGAUAUUCCUGUGCGGUGCCACGCCCGGCCUCCAGAGAGAGCUGUAAUGACCACUGGAGUCUUUAUACCACAGAGAAAGAAGAAGCAGAAGAAGCUCCAGUAUUUUACAGACCUGUGUGUGUGUAUAUGUAAUGGAGGCCAGCAGUAGGUGCUGUGCAGGUAAACGUCACUCCCCUGAUCUCAAGAAGUGCACUAGUGACUGAUGCUAGUGGCUGCAGACUUUAGCUUCCUGUUAGUGUGCCCGCCUCCCAUGCCAGAGACCUGGGUUCGAGACCCACUCGGAGCGGGUGUGAGUAGGACCCGGGGUGGGUGGGGUAACAUGUGGAAAGGUGUUGCGUGGAAUAUUGUGUACAGAAACGUGUGUGUGGGAGCAACCCCCCCACUACCACCACCACCACCACACACACACACACAUAACAUCCCACAGCCCCACAAACAACCACCAAACCCCUAAAACAAGCCCAGAAUUUGCGCUGAGAUUGGACUAGACUAAUCAGGUCCAGUGUGUCUCCAAAUGGAAGGAGAAACAGAUGGAUGGACUGAUAUCCAGGUGGACUGAGGAGAUAGAUGGAUUGAGGAGAUGGACAGAUUCCUCCUGAGGCGUGUUUCUGCUGUUUUCCGUUUGAGCUCUGAGAGGAAGUGAACAUCCUCUGCAGCGUUGUUGUGUUUUACGCAGUACAAGAAUUAUUUUUAAUCCAGUGAACAGGGAUCACACUCAGCCUCCAGGGCAGAUCCGCUUCGAUCGCCCUACUUCUGUUUUAGAAACAGCAGAUGUGGAGUGAGUGAUUUCCAUGAAACGAGGAGAAAAGUGGAGGAUGAAGUGAACAGAACAUCACUUGUGGGUGGAUGCUGGUGGAUGAUGAAAAUGAUGUUGCGCUACCCAGAUUGCCGAUAACAUCAGACUCCUCUCUUCUCGUCUUCUCUUCUCUCCUCUCGUUUGUUACUACUGGAGGAAAAGAUGUGACCCACGGCCUCCCUCGCUCCUACACACUCCUUUAGUCUCCUCCCUUGCUCUCUCUCGGUCCUUUGGAGAUAUUAUUGUCCCGACAGUGAUGGAUGUACAACCCGACAGCGGAAAGCAUGUUAAAAAGUCCACAAGUCAAAAGCUGGAGGAUCAAAAAAAGAUUUACACUGACUGGGCCAAUCACUAUCUGAGUAAAGCAGGCUGUCCUCGACUGAUAAAGGAUCUAACACAAGACAUUCCUGAUGGAGUUCUGCUAGCUCACAUCAUACAGAUCAUCGCAAAUGAGAAGGUGGAGGACAUUACAGACUGCCCCCGGAGUCACUCUCAGAUGAUUGAGAAUGUGGAGUCUUGUCUAACAUUUCUGGAAGCCAGAGGAGUCAGUGUACAGGGCCUGAGUGCUGAAGAUGUGUGUAAGGGGAACCUGAAGGUGAUCCUGGGUCUGUUCUUUGUUUUAUCACGUUAUAAGCAGCAGCAGCAGCAACAGCAGCAGUACCUCCAGUCUCUAGUGGAGCUUCAGCAGCAAGUCACACACACACACUCACCUAAAACACAACAACGAGCUCCAGACAUGCAGUCCAGUGUGACAGUGAGAUACACGAAUCCUCCCUCUCAGAGUGGAGUAGGACCUGUGCAGAAGAAAAACACGAGGUUGCCAGGUCCAUCCCGAUCCCCGGUGGUGGGGAACAAUAAAGCUCCGCCCUCAGCCAGUCUGAACCGCAGGAGUCAGAGCUUCAACAGCAUCGACCGCAACAAACCACUGCAGUACGCCAGCGGGAAUGAACGUGAGUCAGUGAAGUCCGUCCCCCUGAUUGGUGGGAUGAAUGGCAGUGUUAGUGGUCAGCAGUUAGCAUCGGCCAUUCCCUCCCCGACGACGGGCCAGUCAUGGCGCAGCAAGUCCAUGAACAUGAAGCACAGUGCUACAUCCUCCAUGUUAGCCAGUAGUCCCGCCUCCUCACCUCCCCCACCCACUUCAGACAGGUCACGCCCAUCACUCGCAGAUGCUUCUAAGUCAGCACCGGGGAACCAGCGCUCGAUGCUGGAAAAGUUCCGACUGGUCAACACACGGAUGGCUCUGCAGGAAGAGGACGACCUGUCAGAGUAUGGGGACGACGGCGGGACGUGUCCCAAACCACCAGGCAAGAUGCCUACACUGUCCCCUUCACCCUCAAACAAGAACACAGCUAAUACCACUAUGACUAUUGCUGCUAACAACAGUAAGAAUGCUAACAAAUCCUUGCCGCAACCCAAAGAUGAUAAGAGUAAUAAGAAAAACAAAGCUAGUACUCCACCUAAAGAGGAAGUGACCUCGGAGGCAGGUAAGAAGGCCUCCAAAAUUGCUAGCCUCAUCCCUAAAGGAGGAAAACCGACUGCAGCAAAGAAAGAGAGUGCACUUCCUGCUUCCAGUGGCAUCCCAAAACCUGGAGUGAAGACUCAAGUGGCUUCAUCCAAACCUGCUCCUGAAAAGACGAAAAGCUCUAAAGGGGGUCAAGGGUACUAUGCAGGGCGCCCCCUAGGGGGAGUGGAGGGCAAGAAGGGCAGCAUGGUGUCCUCAACUAGCACCUCUGCUCUAGCUGGGUCCACAGUUACUAACUCUGGAAGCACAGGGGGCGGAGUCAUGGGGAGCAACGGGGCGGUGCAGUUACCUCAGCAACAGCAACACAACCACCCCAACACAGCGAUGGUCCCACCCUUCAUGUACAGGACAUGCUCGGAGAAUGACUGUACUGCAGUGGUUGUUCCUGAUUCUUCUCUUAGUCCUACUAAAGAGCUAGCCUACAACAAAACAGCCAAACAGUGCCUAGAGGAGAUCUCAGGUGAAGACCCCGAGGCGAGACGUAUGCGUACGGUGAAGAACAUCGCUGAUCUGAGACAGAACCUGGAAGAGACCAUGUCAAGUUUACGGGGAACGCAGAUCACACACAGCACUUUAGAGACAACCUUCGACUCUACGGUAACAACAGAAGUCAGUGGGCGUGGCUUGUCGACUCUUUCCACUCGGCCUGCCCCCAUGUCAUGGCGUCUUGGUCAAGCACAAUCACAGAGCCCUCGACUCCAGGCAGGUGAUGCUCCAUCCCAUCCUAGCAGUUAUGCUCCUCCUAGGUCUGUCUCUUCAGCUACCGGUCGCUACGGUGACCCUUCACGCCUGGUCUACACAGCACCACUGAGGAGGGCGGCGACUACAGUGGGCAAAAGUGUGGAGCUUGGAGAAAAGGAGGCGGGGCUAGAGGAGGAAGUGGGUGGAUAUAUGAGUGAUGGGGACAUACUAGCCAAAAAUGUACGAGCUGAUGACAUGAGCAGUGGUUACGUAACAGAUGGAGGUGUGUAUUCUCGUAAUGUGGGUCGUGUUCCUGAUCUUCCAUCUGCACGAGAGCUCAUCCAACGGGUUAAAGAGGGAGAGGCUGACAGUUAUGAUGACAGUAGCUCGGUCAGCAGUGGUCUGAGUGAUUCUCUUGAUGUUGGAGCUGAUGAUGUGCACACACUAAAUUCAUCGCACAGGAGCAAGUCCAAGCAGCAGUGUAAUCAAAAUAGCAGUAGCUGGUGUGGAGCUGAAGAUUUGAAGAAGGUUGAUGAACAAAUUGAGAACAUCUUGGACUCCUCCUCUCAGAUGGAAGGGGCAGGGCUUCCUGUGUCUCAGACAGGCUCAUGGAGGCGAGGCAUGAGCGCUCAAACUGGUAUCACCUCACCCCGGAAUAAAAACAGCAACACAAACCACAAAACACCAGCAGGUAAAACAGAUGAUGCUAAGGCCUCAGAGAAGGUCAAGACUCCCUGUAAAUCCCCCAUCAUGCAACGCUCUCCAUCAGAUGUGGGCAAAACCAGUGGUGAUGAGGGUAAAAAGUCUGGCAUUACCCGUCCUCCACCCAACACUGGCUCCUUUGGAUUUAAGAAGGUUCCAGCUGCUACAGAACUAGCAGCACCCAAAACUUUAUCAGCCAAAUCAGCGGGGAAAGUGGGUGGGACCACAUGUGUGGUGGGUGGGGCCAGGAAAACAAGCCUGGAUGGGUACCGCCACCAUGACGAUGGAGUCCUUCUGGGCAUUGGUGGGUCUAAAAUGCCCCUUCAGUAUCGCUCACUUCCACGGCCAGCUAAAUCCUACCGAUCUAUGGACUCCUCUACAGUGAAAGGGAGCGGGGUCGUGGCUGGGGUUGUGGCUGGGGUUGUGGCCGGGGGUGGGGCUGGACCUGGACCUGGACCUGGACCUGGACUCGGUGCAGGAACUGGAACUGGAACAGUUAGUGGUGUUUCAAAGAGGAAGGAUGGAGCAAAGACGGAGUCAGGAAGGUCAAGUCCAGUCAGCAUAAAUCAGACUGAUAAAGAGAAGGUUUCAGUGUCAGAGCAGGAGGGGGUGGGGGUCAGCACUUCACCCAAAUCCAGCCCAACAUCCAGCCAAUCAGGACUCAGACAGCCUGGUUCCAAAUACCCUGACAUCGCCUCACCCACCUUCCGUAGGUUAUUUGGCAGUAAAUGCAGCAACAGUAAGCCUAGCUCUCCCGACUCCUCUAAGUCCGCCCCCUUCACCUCCCCCCUCGACUCCCCGGGCAGUGGAGGCAACAGAACGCCCGACUCUCUCUCUAACACCCGUCCCUUCCUCAGCAGCUCAUCUGCGGGCAGCAAAGAGACGCUGAGCAGCAUUCAUACCAGCUCACACACCAGCUUACACACCAGCUCACACACCAGCCUACACACCAGCUCCGAAUCCAUCGAGCUUCCUGCACCUCAUCAUCAACAUGCACCACGGCUCAAAUCCACACUCUCCCAAGGCAUGACUCUUGACAGAAACACUCUACCCAAAAAGGGAUUAAGACAUCCUCCUUCCUCCAGACAGAUGUCUCAUGAAGAAGGUAAAGAAUGGCUUCGUUCUCAUUCCACUGGAGGACUGCAGGACACUGGGAGUCCCCUGUCCCCCCCGACUGGGAAAUACCACUACAACAACCUGCUGAGCCCCACCGGUGCUAUGACUCGGUCUAACAGUAUUCCGGAUCAGGAAGCGUUUGAUCUCUAUGGAGAUGGGAGAGUGUUGUGUGGCAGUAACACGUCACUGGAGGAACGUCCUCGAGCCAUCAGCCGCUCCGGAUCCUUCCGAGACAGCACUGAUGAAGUUCAUGGGUCAUCUCUGUCCCUGGUGUCCAGCACGUCGUCUCUUUACUCAGCGGUGUACGCCUACAUGGAAAAGACUGAGGAGAAAGCUCACUCUGAGCAAAUCAGAAAGCUGCGGCGAGAGCUGGACGCUUCUCAGGAAAAGGUUGCGACCUUGACGUCUCAGCUGUCAGCCAAUGCUCACCUGGUUGCAGCAUUUGAGAAGAGUUUGACAAACAUGACAUGUCGCUUACAGAGUCUCACCAUGACAGCGGAGCAGAAGGAAUCGGAGUUGGCAGAGUUGAGAGAGACGAUUGAAGCUUUAAAGGCUCAAAACACAGACGCACAAACUGCCAUACAGGUGGCUCUGAAUGGACCUGAGCAUCUACACAAAGUUCGGCGUCAGCACUCCUCAGAGAGUGUGCACAGCAUUAACAGUGCAGUGAGUCACAGCAGCUUAAACAACAAAGACUCGGAUGACAAGAAAAAGAAAAAGAAGAGCUGGGGGAGGGACAGAGGACACAAGUUGCGUAGCUCCUUUAAACAGGCAUUCGGGAAAAAGAAAAGCUCAAAGCUGCAAACCUCUCAUGAUGAGCUGGAGGAAAUGACCGAUUCGUCCAUUCCGGAAUCGCCGAAACUGCAACACACACACAUGGACGGCAGCACACAAGCUUUACACACAUCUUCAUCCACCACUGAGCUGUGUGAGUGUACCGAGGCUGAGGCAGAGAUCAUCCUCCAGCUGAAGAAUGAGCUGAGGGAGAAGGAGCUGAAACUCACCGACAUCCGACUGGAGGCUCUGAGUUCAGCACAUCAUCUGGACCAGAUCAGAGAGGCCAUGAACCGCAUGCAGAACGAGAUCGAGUUACUGAAGGCAGAGAACGACAGAUUAAAGUCCAGUGGAAACUCCACCCCUUCUGCCGUGUCAUCCAAAACGCCCCGCCCCCCAUCAGAGACCUCAAGUACCUCCUCUUCAUCCUCCCGCCAAUCACUGGGCCUCUCACUUAACAACCUCAACCUCACUGAGACUAUCAUGUCAGAUCUGCUGCUGGACGACGGCUACGAGGGAAACCUGCGUAAAGAGGGACGAAGUGUACGAAUCAUCGUCUCCAUCACCGGGGGCUCCAACAGGACCAAGGGUUUACAGAGUCUGGAAUAUCUCAUCGGCUCCAUCGGCAUCAGCGGAAAGACCAAGUGGGACGUGUUGGAUGGGGUGAUACGACGACUGUUCAAGGAGUACAUGUUCCGCGUGGAUCCUUUAACGAGUAUGGGCCUGAAUUCCGACAGUAUCCUGAGUUACAGGAUGGGGGAAGUGGAGCGCUCACACGUUUCUGAACUUCCUGAACUUCUGCCCUGUGGAUACCUGGUGGGAGAAAACAACAUCAUCAACAUUACACUUAAAGGUGUGAGGGAGAACAGUAUAGACGACCUGGUGUUCGAUACGUUAAUCCCCAAACCCAUAGUCCAGCGUUACCUCAAUCUGCUGAUGGAGCAUCGCAGGAUCAUCCUGUCCGGCCCGAGCGGCACGGGGAAGUCCUACCUCGCCAACAAACUGGCGCAUUACAUCAUCAACAAGAGCGGCCGCGAGGUGAACGAGUACAGCCUCGCCUGCUUCAACGUGGACCAGAAAUCCAGCAAGGAUCUGUGUCAGUACCUCUCGGCUCUUGCUGAACGCUGUAACUGUGAUGAAGGCGAGCGGGAGCGUCAGCUCCCCCUGGUGGUUCUGAUCGAUAAUCUGCACCACAUUGGGAACCUGAGUGACAUCUUCAACGGCUUCCUCAACUGCAAAUACCACAAAUGCCCGUAUGUGAUCGGGACAAUGAACCAGGGCGUCUCCUGUUCCCCAAAUCUGGAACUGCACCAUAACUUCAGGUGGGUGUUGUGUGCGAAUCACACGGAGCCGGUCCGGGGGUUUCUGGGUCGGUUUCUGCGCAGGAAGCUGAUCGAGAUGGAGAUCGAGAAAAACACACGCAGUAACGAACUCAUCAAGAUCAUCGACUGGAUCCCCAAAACAUGGCAACACAUCAACACCUUCCUGGAGGCACACAGCUCAUCUGAUGUCACUAUCGGUCCCCGGUUGUUCCUGUCAUGUCCGAUGGAAGUCGACGGUUCUCGUAUUUGGUUCACAGAUCUGUGGAAUUUCUCACUCGUGCCCUACUUACUGGAAGCAGUGAGAGAGGGACUACAGCUCUAUGGUAAGAGAGCUGUGUGGGAGGAUCCCUCCAAGUGGGUGAUUGACAGUUCUCCAUGGGGCUCCGCCCCCCUGCAGCGUGACAGCCAAUCACUGCUGCCUCUGCGACCGGAGGACGUGGGCUACGAUGCGUUCAGUUCAUUUAAAGACGGAGCUUCACCCAAACAAUCACACAAACACACGGCACAGAGCGACAGCGAUGGAGACCCACUGAUGAAUAUGCUAAUGAGGCUACAGGAAGCUGCUAACUACUCCAGUGCCACUCAGAGCUGUGACAGUGACAGCGCCAGUCACCAUGACGACGGUCUAGACUCCUCCCUUGAGUCUGCCCUUUAAGCCCAAACCCCCUUUGAGGAACCAGGGAUUGCUAGCUUUCUUCUGAUUGGACGUUGGUGGCCCGAGAGGUGGAACAAACCCCAACACUGGUGAAAUGUGCAAUUAGAAACCUAUUCCACUUACUCUGUCCAAACAAACAACUGGAACAUUUGUUUCUCUUUUUUUUGAAGUUAGCGUUCUCAUCAUCAGUCUCACGAACCGGAGCAUCGUUUUUUCUGUCGACUUGUUCGACUCUGCGGUGCUGCUGCUGUGGUGCCAAAAUCCGUUUACGUUUGUACGCCAACAAGCACAAGCGGGCCUCGCCUCAUUUCCGCUACUGUGAAAGCACUUCGUCAGCAUUAACGAGUCCGACGAUGGUCAUCUUUAACGCCUGGACACACAAGCCAUGUUUGUUUUCACGUUAUUUCGACUGCCUGCAGUUCCCUUUUCCUCCACUAGGAGCGUCGUAGUGCCAGGAUUAUUAUUCCGAGUGGAAGAGGGAACGAGGGAACGAGGGGAUGAGUCUGAUUACGGUGCUUCUUUGCUGCCUUAAAUGUGCCGAGCUCUAAAGGUCUCCUGCAGAAUUUAAGAAAACGAAAAAAGCCUUGUCUUUUUUCCGGAGAGGACGGAAAUGUAAAUCAAUAAAUGCCACGUUUGCAUAUUUUA